GCCAAAGUUUGAGUUGGAAUCUUUGUUUUUUUCCCUGCAGAUUUCUCUAUUGCGAAAAAAUCUGCCUCGGUAAUUGAGCGGACUUAUUGCAGCUCGUUCAGCUAGAGAGUCCAUAUCGGACUGUCUGAUUGAAAAUAUCGUUCUGAUUUCCCCGCUCUGAGUGUUAGGGCUAUUAUAAAACUCGAAUAUCAACAUGAAUUCUAUGAUUACGACCACAACGUGGGUGCGACGAGGGGUCGCUGCACAAUUCCCUACAAAAUAUGAGAUUGAUGAGGCAGAGCUCAAUCGGAUAUCACAAAUUGCGAGGCUGCAAUUGGAGGAUGCCAAGGGAGAUUUGAAAGCAGCCGAGGAGGACCAGGAUGUAGAUGCAAUGGAUGAGGAUACGGUUGAAAAGGAUUCAAAACCCACGAAAAAUCCUUUCAAGGACGAGGAUCAUGAUGAUGAAGACGACGAUCUAAAAGAGUACAACCUCGACCACUACGACAGCGAAGAAGUUGACGAAGACGGCGAAGAAGUCACCAUGUUCGGAAACGUAAAGUCUCUCGCGUACCACAAACCGGGUGAAAAGGAUCCUUAUCUCGAAUUUCCAGAAGGAGAGGACGAUGAAGACCGUGAAGAGUUACAAAUACUGGGUACUGAUAACCUAUUAAUAGCGGGAAAGCUGGAAGACGAAGUUGCGCAUCUUGAAGUUUAUGUAUACGAAGAUUCCGCGGACAAUUUGUAUGUUCACCACGAUAUUAUGCUUCCCGCCAUUCCGCUCUGCGUUGAAUGGCUCGAUUUCCCGGUUGGAAAGAAUGAAAAAGGCCGUACAAGUGGUAAUUUUGUGGCUGUGGGUACUAUGGAACCUGAUAUCGAGAUCUGGGACCUCGAUAUUGUCGACUGCAUGUACCCCAAUGCUAUUCUCGGAGCAGGUGACGGCGACGACGACGACAAGGGCUUGAGCAAAAAGAAGAAGAAGAAAUUCAAGAAAGCAAACGAUGAGUAUCAUGUUGAUUCCGUUCUCGCACUGGCAGCAAACCGACAACAUCGAAAUCUUCUUGCUUCUGCAUCUGCAGAUGUUACCGUUAAAUUAUGGGACCUCAACACACAAAAAUGCGCCAAGUCAUACAACUAUCACAAAGAUAAGAUUUGUGCGCUUGAUUGGAAUCCGACCGAAUCUACAAUCUUGCUGAGUGGAAGCUACGACCGCACUGUUGUUGCGGCGGAUAUGCGAGCACCGGACGCAAAGGCGCCUCGGUGGCAGGUUGCUUCUGAUGUGGAGAACUUGCGCUGGGAUCCUCAUGAUCCUAAUUUCUUUUAUGUCACUACCGAUACUGGUCUUGUUUACAAGUACGAUGUUCGCAACGCACCUGCUACACCCAGCGAAUCCAAACCCGUCUGGACAUUGCAGGCCCAUGAUGACUCUGUUUCGUCGUUUGACAUUAACCCUCGAGUUCCUGGGUUCUUGGUGACAGGUUCAACGGAUAAACAAGUUAAGAUCUGGGAUACAGCCAACGACAGACCUAACAUGGUGGUAUCUCGUAGACUCGAAGUGGGCAAAGUCUUUUCGACAUCGUUUGCGCCUGAUGCAGAAGUGAGCUUCCGUCUUGCUGUGGCCGGUAGUAAGGGCGUCGUGCAGGUGUGGGAUACUUCGACCAAUGCAGCUGUGCGUCGAGCGUUUGCCGGUCGUACUCCGGAUAUCACGCCUGGAGAAGAGGGCGAAAUUCAGGAGAGGAUUUUGGGAGUUAAUCAGAAUGAUGAUAGUGAUUCGUCUGAUGGCGAGGAGGGUGAUGGCGGUCAAAAUAAGGAUGGGUGGGAGUCAAUGGAGGAGGAUUAGUUUGUCCGCCUGUGUAUGCGUCGAUGUAGGCAGAGCGAAUAAAUACCCGUCUGUACAUUCUGUUUAUAGAUCUAUAGAUUCAUUUGAAAUAGCAUGUAGUGACACUCAAAUAGAACUAUACUUACU